AUGAGGCAGACAGCUAACACAGAGCCUCCCGGGAUCAGACAAAAUACUCCUAACGCUCAUGGAGAGACUCCGACAAUAUCAGAAAGGGACUUUGCUCCAUCUGCUUUCAACCUGAACCAGAGCAAUGCUGUGUGCCUCCCCCUUGUCUCUGAGAAUCAGAGGCUCAUAUGGGUAAACUCGAACCAGAUCGACCUGCAGCUGGAUGGUGCGGCAGAACUCGACAAGGCCUUCGACAGGUUUCCAUACUUGACGCUGAAACAGACAGAAGGGCUGGCGCAGCGCUGCUCCCUUCACCCGGACCAGGUGAAGGUGUGGUUCAUGCUACAGAGGCUCCGCUACGGCAUCAGCUGGGACUAUGAAGACAUCUGCAAGAUCCGGGAGAAGUUCAAAUCAAAUCUGGGAAAGGAAGAGCUGCAGAAGAGGAUGGGAAAAGAAGAAGGGGAAGAAGAUAGUGGAGUGAUGAAGGUGCAGGAGAAAGAGGUGAAGGAGUGUGGUGAGAUUAAAGCAGGAGAGGUGAGGGAGGAAGAUGUGUGUGUUAAUGAGCAAAUAGGGAAUACUCAGAAAAAGCGAAAAAGGAUGAGGAGAAAGGAGAGAACAAAUCAGCAAACAUCUACCCAGACAACGCUUUUCACCAGAAAGAAAAAGAAAGCAAAGAAAAGAUUGCCGCCCCUCUACGAGUGGCCGACUCAGAAGAGCUUUGUGGUACCCGAUGAAAGGCUGGAUGCAAGUUCUCCGCUCAUCCUCCAAGCUCUUGAAACACCUCCACUGACUGAAACGCAGAGAGGACUUCACAGCUUCCCCUCCUCCGCCUCAAAUGUUCCUGCGACCCCUGUGAACGGCGGCUUUGAGGAGAAACCAGAGAUGGAAGCUCAACCGCAGGGAGGACUACACACAGAGUUUACACCCUACGACAGCACCGUCACUGAUGUGAGCCAACUGUACACAACGAACAGUAAUCCUGUUGUCGCAGACGGGUCUCAAGAGUGCUCUCAAGAGUGCUCUCAAGAGUGCUCUCAAGAGGCGGACGCGCAACCCACUCGGAUCCGCUGGCGAACGAAAACGCAGACCCAGCUGGCGAUGAUGAAGGUGGCUUUCGCAAGCUGCCAGUAUCCAGAAAGCGAGUCCUACGACAGGCUGGCGGAGCAGAUCGGCGUUCACCGCUACGUGUUAGUGCAGUGGUUCGGCGACAUGCGCUAUUACGUCAAGAGAGGAAAGCCACGCUGGAUGAGUGAGGAGCAGCACAGCCAAGCACUGGCCAACAUCAAGUACAGGCAGUUCCUGAAAGCACUGGAGAAGGAGCAGCUGGAGUGCGACCGAAAACCAACCAUGAAGAUGAAGCUGGAGACGGGCAAAAGCUACAGUGAUGGUGAAUGGGAAUGAAGAUAAAUCAUUUAUUAACGUUU